UUUUAUUUGAAUUGCUAUAAGAAGGUUAAGUGGGCCGUUCCAAAAUCAGCAAGGAGAAGAGAGAUUAGGGCUAGGGUUUUAGUGCAGAAUGCAUGACAGAGUUUGAUUUGAUUUUGAUCCCAUCCGUAAUUCAGGUAACAAGUUAGUGUUGUGUUCACUUGAUUCUUUCACUCGCAAACGCAAUGUUUCAUAUUCGCAUCAAAAUUAUUUCUCCAACCUUGCAAAAACUGGUUUCUUCGCUAGGUAGCAAUCCAUGGCUAUGGCUUGCUUCGAGACUCAUCUCAACCUCGUCUCCUUCUUCAGCCUCCAAAGACAACUCUUUUGCACUCUCUUACCUAACUCAUACUUGUGGGUUCUCACCAGAACGCGCUAUCAUCAUUUCCAAGCGCCUCAAGUUAGAAACAAGUGAAAAACCAGAUACAGUGAUUGAGUUCUUCAAGAACCAAGGUUUGUCCCAAACUAUGAUCUUGAAAGUCCUUCGAACUGUUCCAGACUUACUUUUAGUCAAACCCGAGAACACUUUGCAGCCAAAGUUUGAUUUUUUCAAGUCAAAAGGGUUUUCUGUCUCUGACAUUCACAGCAUGAUAUUAACAUCCCCUGAAAUUCUCAAAAGAAGCUUGAAUAAUGAGAUCAUUCCCUGCUUCAAUUUCCUUGACAACAUGUUUGAAUGUAAGCACAACCUCAUGAAAACUGUUGUAAGCUAUUCAGGUGUUCUACAUAUCUUUGCCAAACGUAUUGAACCUAAUAUCAAGCUGCUGAGAGAAGAGGGUGUUCCUGAAUCACACAUUCUUAGGUUGUUAGAGUACUAUGGCAAGACAAUUAAGGUAUGUCCUACGCGAUUUAAGAAGGCAGUGGAGGAAGUGAAGGAGAUGAAGACUGAUCCACUCAAGUUGCAAUUUGUUAUAUAUGUUCAUAUAAAGUUACAUCUGAGCAAAUCCACAUGGGAAAGAAAGAAAGGUAUAUAUAGAAAAUGGGGUUGGACCGAGGAUGAUAUUUCUAAAGCAUUUAGAACCCACCCGUUCUGUAUGUGCACUUCAGACAGUAAGAUUGAGGCGGUCAUGGAUUUUCUGGUGAACACAUUGGGCUGCAAAUCUUCUGACAUUAUCAGAUGUCCAUCACUGUUGACCAUGAGCUUGAGAAAGCGAAUUAUUCCAAGGGGAUCUGUUGUUAAAGCUUUGCUGUCGAAGGGUCUGAUUAAGAAGCUGAGCUGGACUGUAUUUCGGUAUAAUGAAUUGGAGUUCCUGGAUAAGUUUGUCCAUUGUUAUGACAAGGAAGCCAAUGAGCUAUUGAAGUUGUAUCGGGUAAGUUGGCUUAAGAAUGUAAGAGAAAUGAAUGUGUCUACUCCCUGAGUCUUUUGGUGCAUUGCAUUGGUAGUCUCGCUUUUAUGCUGUUGUUCCAACUUAAAUGGCCAAGUGAUGUUGCAAUUCUAUAUUGUCCUAUUACAGUUGUGUUUGCUGUGCCAUUUAAACAGGUAUGCUUGAUUAUGUGUUGAAAUCAUUUUAUUGGUUGCUUAAGUA